CGCAACCACGAAUUUUGAACAAAACUUUAAUCCUUUAACAUGUGGAAAUCAUGUGCUCUAGUGAAUUAAACACCAAUAAUUUACGUAAAAGAUCCUGUUAAGGUAAUGAAAAUAUGGUCGACGAAUGCGAAGUUUGCGGCCAGAACGAGUUCGCCGUCGAGGCCGGUUUCCACUACUGCGUGGAGUGUGGAACCAAGUCGCAACGGCACGGACCGGAAAUGGUGGACGAGUUCGACGAGACCGCCGUCGGAACACAAACCGGUGCCGCGGUGAUUAAGAUCAAAAAAAUCAAGAAAAAGUGCAAAAUGAUAACCAGCUGGGAGCAGAUAAACUACAUCCUGCUGGGCUACACGGAUCGACUGGUGACGCUCGGCGCGGGCGAUGAGUUCAAGCUGACGGUGUUGCAGCUGUGGACGACCUAUUUGCGCCGGAUGGAAGUGGCUUUCUUCGACAAGGAAAAACCGGAACGCCCCAGAUUGCAUGUGUUUCACAAGUCGAUGGAUGCUACAAUACUCUACAAUCGAAGGAAGAAGAAACCGCGGGUAAGGAAUGCAAAGGGGGUGAGUAAUAGUGCUGGUCCGGGUAGUAGACCGGCUUCGGAAGCGGCUUCCAGUACGAGCGGAAAUACAUCGGCAAGAUCGACCAGGAAGGUGAGAUCCGAACAGAGAAGUUUGCUAAACGCGGAAUACGAUUCGCUUCGGGUAAGUCAGCAGUCGGAUGUGAACAGGUCGCUGCAUGAGCUGUCGAUGCGGUCGAUGAAUGCGAGUCUGUCGGAGAGCGAAAGCGAAGCGAGCUCCAAUAAGGCUGGGGGACAGAGGAUUAAGUUUUCGAGACUGGCGAGAAUUAGGAUGAAGCGAAAGCUCAAGAUGAGUACCGAUCAUAUAAAUAAGCAUGAAAAGGAUUUGGAUGAUCGGAUGACAUGUCAUAACAAUAAGGGAAAUGUUAAGUAUACGGAUAAACAGAAGCCGGGAAAGAAGAAAAUCCAUCCGGAAAACUUAACCAGGAUGGUUUUGGUUUCGAUACUGGGAUUAGGACUGAACACUAGCCAAAGCGAUGUUCAGUUAGCAGAUCUGGUCCGGUUUCACAGGGAGGAACAUAUUUCCCAUACCAAUCUUAAGCAGUAUCUUCCGGAGGAACUGGAUCCCAGCUGCUGUACGGAGACAAUCGCUUCUCUUCAAAGGGGUUUGUCACUCUCACAUCAAGAACUUCGAGCGGGAGUUGUGCAGUUGAUAAAAUUCCUGAACGUAGAUCCGAUCACACCGGAUUUGCAGAAGCUUUGUAAGCGCUACCUUGACGAACUCUGCCUGCCGGCUGAUUUGAUGAUAUUUCUGAAAAGGUUGAUGGCUGUUUUCCCUCCUAAGAUGCCCUUCGAUGGUACCAGUCAUCUCCCAAACUACGAAGGGCGAGCGAUGGCAUUUAUAAUUUUCAUGCUAAAGCUACUGUUUGGCCUGAAUGAUACCACCGAGAUGAAGUUGUCCAAAUCAGCUGCAAAAUUCAACCAGACGUUGACAAACUUGGGACCAUCCUAUCGGCCAUUGUUUGUCUUCCGAGAAUGGAUUCGUUAUUUGGAGAUGAGAAAGGUAAUUCUGGCUCAGGUGCAUCACCCUACCAAUCGGCUGAAGGCCAAGGAAGAAGGAAUCGAACAGGACAUUGAUCUGUUCAUAGAUCACAACAUGCGCAAAAAGCAAGGCGGAGAUAAGUUUCGAAUGUCCGUCAAUCAAGUGAAUCAAAACUGGAUGUCCAGGAUGAAGGAUGCCGUCACAAACAUGGUCGAUACUCACCAUCGUCUUAAUGUGACUCGAGAACCACAACAAAGCAUUGAAUUUGAGCCAAGCCUUACUUCGAAUCGGUCCUACUUUGAAACAUUCCUUCUAGCAUACAACCGCGAAGGCAGGAUCCAUGUUCCGGACUAUAUGCGGGAGAAUCAUUCAGAUCGAGCCAUCUUCCCACUCGUCAGUCCAUCGGAUCUCAAACAACUCCUCCGAACCGAUCACCAAAUCACUCUCAAAACGAAGAAAGUGCCUUCUGCCUUAUCCCAGCUUGAAUUAGUCGAUACGGCAGUCCUGCUCGAUUUCCUGACCAACAAAGGACGACGAGAGCCUCCCUUUCAGUUUAUCGAAGACUGCGAAGAAUCCGAAUGGACCCCACCCGCCAAACGCACACGCUCAGUUCAAACCCACGAACAGAUCCUGGCCCGGAUUCUCAUUCGCAAUAAAGCCGAGUCCGAACGAACCCAACAUCUCUUGAACUCCCUCCCAUCAAACCCUGCCCCUUCGGAAGCGGAUGAAACGGCUACCAACGUCACUAUGAGCACCAUAGCAGACAAGUCCAGCAUUCCUGAUUCGCAGGAUUCCUUCAUCCCACCGUACCAAAACAGCACCCACUCUCUGCUGACACCCAACUACGACUACUGGAUUCGGUUCUCCCAGGCCGGUGAAAUCAGUUCGAUGGAAACAUUUGACGAGCGGAUUUCCACCGGCCUACCGAACAACUUCCGUCUGGUGCUCGAGGAAUGCGCCCGGGUGAUCGAGAAUCACCCCUCGGUGCUCUACCGCGAGCUGAUGGCCCUGGAGACGUAUUUCUUCUACGCAGUACAACCGGUCGAGCGGUUCUUUGAUGGAACCAAGCACUGCGAGGUGCAGCUAGAGACGGCAUGGACGCGAGAUCCGUUCUUGUUUAGGCGGGUUUCCAGUGCCGUGAAGGACUAUUGAGGUUUGAUUUUUUUUUUAAGUGUGGAUGAAUUUUGAAUUUGCCGUGUAUUUUUCGUGAGUUUAAUUGUAGCAGGCAUCCGAAAUGUCCUCGGUCGGUUAGCGACAAUUUGGUUUAUCUUCUGAUUCUGAUGAAUUACAUCUCAGCACCGAUCACGACGAUGUAUAAGUCCGAA